GAUCUAAGUUUACCCAAUGGCACACCUGUGGACACUUCUAGCCCAGCCUCUUCCUCAUCUCUCCUCAACAGACUGCAGCUGGAUGAUGACUUGGAUGGGGAAACAAGAGACCUCUUUGUGACUGUUGAUGAUCCCAAAAAACACGUGUGCACAAUGGAGACAUAUAUCACAUACAGGGUUACAACAAAGACCACGCGAGCAGAGUUUGAUUUGCCAGAGUAUUCUGUCCGCCGACGGUACCAGGACUUCGACUGGUUGAGAAACAAGUUGGAAGAGUCUCAGCCAACGCAUCUCAUUCCCCCUCUUCCUGAAAAAUUUGUGGUGAAGGGUGUUGUUGAUCGCUUUUCUGAAGAAUUUGUGGAGACCAGGAGGAAAGCAUUAGACAAAUUCUUGAAGAGAAUAACUGAUCACCCAGUGCUUUCUUUUAAUGAGCACUUCAACGUGUUUCUCACAGCCAAGGAUCUUAAUGUGUACAAAAAGCAAGGAAUGGCAUUGCUGUCAAAGGUGGGGGAGUCUGUCAAAUAUGUUACAGGAGGCUACAAAUUAAGAAGUCGGCCACUGGAGUUUGCUGCCAUUGGAGAGUAUCUAGACACAUUCUCACUAAAGCUUGGUACCAUUGACAGAAUAGCACAGCGGAUUAUCAAGGAACAGUUGGAGUACUUGGUGGAACUACGAGAAUAUGGACCUGUUUAUUCAACCUGGGGAGGGCUGGAGGUUGAGCUAUCAGAGCCACUGGAAGGGGUGUCUGCCUGUAUUGGGAACUGCUGCACAGCUCUGGAAGAACUCAGUGAAGACAUGACGGAAGACUUCCUGCCUGUACUUAGGGAAUAUAUCUUGUACUCUGAGUCAAUGAAGGUAAAGAGAGCCCUGUGGAAGGAAACACUGUCAUUGUGUUUGUGUGGGAUGAUAUAUCAGCCAGUUCGUUCUUUCUAA